AGCAAGAAUGUGUUCCUGGGGGAACAUGGAGGCAUGAGCGGGGGUACAUCACAUUACCAAAAGGAGCACCUGACCCUCCUUGCCUCGAUAUCGUAUCCAUCACCUUCGUUACACCUCGACAUCUACGUAGCCAUGCUCUCUCGCGCCUCUUCCAGCUUCCUACCUCUGCUUCUGCUGCUCGCAGUCACCUUCUGCAGUACUCUUGCCAAUGCCCAGGUCAGCAAUGACGACCCUACGGGCAAGGAAAUCUACAUUGUUGCCCCUGCUUGCGAUUCGUACCAGUGCAAGAACAAUUGGAGGAGGGGAAAGACGUACGACAUCACCUGGCUCAACGCCCCCAAGGGAGGUCUGAAGAUUCAGCUUGAGCCCGAGAACGAUGACUCUCUGCCUACUUACACUAUCACCAAGAAGGUCGGGAGCACCCACAACCAGUCCAAGUGCAAGAGUGUUGCUCACGGAGAGACCUGUGGCACUACCACGUGGACCGUACCUGAUGACAUCAAGUUGGGCGAGUACACUGUCGCUGCCACUUCCCUUGCGCACCCCAAGAAGAUCGGAUACACCGACACGGUUGUGAUCCGCAAGAAGUCCUCCAAGCGAUCCGAGGAUGAGACCUUGAUCGCUUGAUGCAGCAUGCCCCUUCUCCCACACUCUACAUUUUACGACCUGUACCCCGAUCUUUGACCAGAUAUGAGCGGCGCCACCACUUUAUGACCCAUGUCUUCCACCAACAUCAUGACCUAUCCCCUCCCCAUUUUGGGAUGGAGCAAUACAAUCACCUUGACAU